UAUGAGAGACACGGCACAAGAGGGGUGAGGACAGAGGGUCUAUUUUAGUGAGCCACUCACAUGGGCGCUAGAAUCUAUAUAUCUACCCUCUUUCUGCCCUUCUCGACUCAGAAAACGUCGCUUGAGGGUAUUUGUCACCUAUUCUAUAAGUUUCAGAUUGAUCUAACAAGGGGACACAUCGAACUGCAACAAUGUCUGAAUCAUCGAAACCGAAGCCAAAAAUCUCUGCGUCCCGCAGACUGUUCCUGAAGACCAAACUGCUAAAGAAGGCCAUGACUAUGCUGGACAACGACAAGCAAGCCAAAAAAAUUGAACGAGAGAACACCCUCGCUGAGAGAGUCCCGGAGCUCCAGCUGUCCAGCCUGUCUCUGCAGGAUCUGCAGAAUAUUUGCAAAGAGCUGCAUCGGAAAAUCGAUGUCGCUGAUGAAGAGCGCUACGACAUUAAUGCUAAAGUGACGAAGAACAAUCUGGAGAUACAGGAGCUGUCUCAGAAGAUCUUUGAGUUGAAGGGCAAGAUGAAGAGACCUGCUCUGAAGAGGGUGAGGGUGUCUGCCGACGCCAUGUUGGGAGCUCUGCUGGGCUCAAAGGUCAAAGAGUCCGUGGACUUCAAGGCCAACCUGAAGACUGUGAAGAAGGAGGAGGAAAAGAAAGAGGAAGUGACCGACUGGCGUAAGAACGUGGACGCCAUGUCUGGCAUGGAGGGCAGGAAGAAGCUGUUUAAUGCUGGACAGUAGAUUGUGUGUGUUGGAAAAACAUUUGCUGCUCCAACAACAGGCAGAACAAGUGAAACUUUUGCUUACUCCAUAAUGAGAGUCGGUUUUUCGGAGUGAGUUUUUGGCACAGUUCAUGUUUCAAGUGUAUUGACAAAAGUAAAAGAGUCUAACUGUUCGAUAAUUCGUUCAAUGCAUAUAGUUUUUUACAUAACAUAUUAUAAAAACAUAUGUAUAUAUUAGAGCAAUAUAAGUUUUAACUUAUAUUAAUACCAUAUUAACCAUAUUCAUUUACGAACACAACUCCGCUUUGGCUGUUCAGGUCCCCUGUAGUAAUGUUACUUGCUUGCUUUUUGGCCUUUGAUUGACAUAAACAAGAAUUCAGAGUAAAUGCUGAUUUGUCUUCAAGUAUAAAUCGUAUGCCCAUAUUAUCCACAAUAGUGUCCUAUGAAUUAUGGACUUAGAUGACAACUUAGAAGCACAUUUCUGUACCUAUGUUUCUGACAAGAAUGUGGGGGGAUGCACAUUCCAGGAGUAACUUGUGUUGGGGUUCAACAGAUGUGCAUCCUUCAAAAGUUCAUUCAGACGUUAUGAUGAGAAGACGCAGUGUUGUAAAUUGUGGAUCCAAUAAUAAAAUAAUCAUUGAUCAGU